AUGCAGCGCGUCGCUACGCAGCUCCUGGCGCUGUCGCCGGAGCUUGUUGAACCCAUCAUCGCUGACCUGCCACUUCACAAGGCGCUGGAAAUCCUUUCAGUGCCUUCUGAGUCAUCUCCCGUGCAAGAGAGUCUAUCGGUAACUGGCCAGCUAAGCCCACUGGCCUACGCCUUCAUUCAAAGUCCCGCUUGGAGACGCGUGUUCACCUCAGAGGAAAGGACAGAAAGACUCCUACUUAUCUGGGAAGCAAGCAAAAACUUCUUCCUGCUGCAAACUGGGCGGUCGUACCUGCACCUGCUGAAGUCACAAGAGUAUGGCUGGCGGAGGAGUGAGCUGCUGGGAGCCGGUGCUGACCAACUCCAGGGCCCUGAGGUCCUUGAUCAAAUGAGCAAUGGCCUGUUCAACCUGGUCCCAGGCUUGGAUGUAAAACACAAGGAGAGAGGAAGAAUCGCCCAAUCUAAUGCCUACAUGAAAGCAGUGUUUGCGCUCUUGCGAGAUCCCAAGGAAGUUUAUCAGUCUGACCACGAGCGGGAGGUUCAAGUUACUCCAUCUUUUGACAAAACAUAUGACACCCGCGGCGGGGAAUGGGAUCCGAAAGACUUCUUGGCGAUGGUCAAGCCACUGUGUGAAGCUUGGGAUCUGCUCAAAAGCCUCUGGGCCACGGAGCUGGAGUCUCUCGCCGUUUUACAUGAACGGUUUCCGACGAUGCUGAAGGCGGCUUUUGCGCCUCAAUUGGCACACACUCCAUUGAAUGUCUGGCAUAUGCCCAAAAAGCUCAGAUUUGUGGCCAAACAGAUACCAAACCGAUCUCUUAGAGACGCAAUUGGAUCGCGUAAGCCAGGAUCAGAUUCAAGCUAUUUCAGUUUCCCUCAUCACUGUCUUUUACCUUAUGAUUGGUGCCUGAGACUCUUCAUUAUUGUUCUUCAGGAUAAGAGUCCGGAAAUCCCACGUACGCUGGCCGCAGACGUGGAUCGAGCCAUCGCGGGCUUGGAUUUUAUUCAUGAACAUUCUGGCGACGGAAGGCGGUACCCAAGAUUUAAAGGCAGCAAAGAUGACGCCCGGCACAUGGAAAUGAUUGUGUAUUACGAUAAAGACACCGUCAGACCGACUCCCAGCGCUGAAUUAGACUGGCUGACAUCGUUUCUCGUAGUCGUCAAGUGGAUGACGGAGGAGUAUCCAGCUCUUGCUGAUGAUUUACGCCAGCCUAUUGCUCGUAUCUACAGAGUAGCAGAAGGGAGGGGCCAGAAAAAAUUACUCUUUGAGCCAUCCGAUUAUGAUCGAUUUGCCGACGCCAUACCCGCCGCUGAGGUUGCCAUCUAUCUUAAAAAGGACCUUGAUUUAGCUUCCCGGCCACUCGGUGCCCUGGAUGAUCAUUGCUUACCCAGCCUGCUCGCUCUUCAUCUGCCCGACUUUUCCUCGAGGCAAGCUCAGCAGAUUGCAGCACAUCUCGGGCCAAAGCCAGGACUGGAAAUUGAGCUUCAGCAGGUUGUGUAUGAGAAUACCCUGGAGAAGAUCAAACGACACUUUCAAAAGAGACCGCCCUCCCCCAGAGGAGUGUCAGAUGGAGAGUCGUUGGUGCACCAAAUUCUCGAGAAUAACAACAGAGAUAGCGCUGCGCACACAGUACAGACGUCGCCAGGUACCUGGUGGUCCAGUGUUGUGAAGCGAUACGUGGAUGUCGUACCUAGAAAAUCUCGUAGUUUAUCUUGUUACAUCUGCCGACAUAGCGUGUCUGAUAAGCGUGGAUUUCACCCCAUUUUCUCGGCCAUGUGUAAAGCUUGUGGCGACUUUAAUUUGGCCGGGUCGCGCAUGUCACUUCCCGAGAUGGUGGAUCUCAGAGGAAAGACGGCACUUGUCACCGGAGGUAGAGUCAAUCUAGGAUUCUACACAGCUUUGAGGCUCCUCCGUUGCGGUGCCAAGGUCAUCGUUUCAUCCCGAUAUCCCCACGACACACUUGUUCGGUACCAAAGGCAGCCAGACUCCGACAGUUGGAUAAACAACCGACUCCGUAUUGUUGGGGCCGAUUUCCGCACGGCGCGCGACGCGUUUGCACUGGCCGCGGAGGCGAAGAACAUACUGGAGACUUGGUCAACGGGAGACUCGACCAAACCAUUACUCGACAUCCUGAUUAACAAUGCCGCCCAGACGCUUACGGACGGUGAAACAAAGGAAACGACAGCCGUCAGCAGGGAGAGCAGUCUGCACUUAUCUUUGCCCAUGCAUCCCGCUUUGCUACGAACUUCAUAUAUUCCUCGCAUUGGAGGGGGAGUGCCGGAUGGCUUCUUGGAGGGAAGGACUCCGGAGGCUCUUCCUUCGGCAAACACCUCCACUUCAGUAAUCCAGCCCGUGCCCGAGAAGUCAUCUUGGGUCCAAGAUAUAUCUGAGAUUCCCUACGCAGAUGUCAUCACGGCGCAGGCAGUGAAUGCUUUUGUCCCGCUAAUCCUAAUCAGAGAACUUCUCCCCGUCAUGUCUCAUGGCGAGAUUAGGGAGCAACAAUCAGGCCACAUAAUCAAUGUUUCUUCGCGGGAGGGUAUUUUUGAAGCGAGUCGGAAUCACUCGGCCAAGAAGGGCACGCAUGUUCACACCAACAUGUCCAAGGCAGCGCUCAACAUGAUCACGGAAACCGAGGCAGGGCCGGCGUGGAGGAGCCACGGUGUAGCGAUGAACACGGUAGACCCGGGAUAUAUGAGCGCGUCGCCGGAGAUGGAGGACCUGUUUGGUGGUGUGCGGCCUCUGAGCUGGGAGGAUGGGGCUGGGCGAGUGCUCUGGCCGGUGGCAAUGGCGUUUGGCGAGGAGAAAACGGUGAUCUGGGGCCGGUUUCUAAAGCAUUAUGGCACCGUGAGCGUUACUGCAGGUUUGCGGUAG